AUGGUGAUGCUGGAAAAGACCCUUGUUGUGCUCUCCUACAUCGCCAGCUUGGUAGUUAAUGGUUUGGCAGCAUCUGGGGUUCUUUCUGGCCAGUCGAUCGGCGAGAUCUCCGACCAGUUUCCGACGUACGUCACUCCAGACGGGUUAACUUUCGCAGUUUGGGCGGUGAUCUAUACCCUGGAGCUCCUACUUGUCGUCAUGCAAUGUUCAGCCCCAGAAAGGAUUGAAAGUCUUCUUCAGCAAAGUUGCUGCUUGACGGGUCUUUCAGUUCGUUGGCGCCUCGUUUUCGCCUUUUCCCUGAAUGCGAUUUGGCUGCCCAUCUAUGUCAAUCUGCUCUUUGGUUGGGCGCUUUUGGUCAUCAUCCUCUACCUGGCAUUUCUCUUCUUGGUGUACGUGGACCUGAACACCAUGACCGUGGAUUCGUUCGUCCAAUGGGUUGUUUAUGCCGCUGGCAUUGCAUGCAACGUCAGCUGGGUUCUCGUGGCGACCGCUGCAAACAAGUUCACGUUUCUUGGGGAGCUCGGCUGGAAGGACGCGUAUGGAGUCGCAGGAACCCCGGGGGCGGCAGUCCUGGUGGUUGCGUUCGUUGCCUCCCUCGCCAUCAUCGUCGCUUCCGUGCGUAGCGAUUUUGCAUGGUCCCUCGUCGCAAUCUGGGCCCUAGCGGGGCUGUAUCGGCAGCAGACCAUCCCGGAUCUAUCGAGCUUCCCUCCCCAGGCCAUGAAUCCGACUUUGGCCAAAUGCGCCUUGUGGGCUGCCAUCGUCGUUGGACUGGCCACCCUCACGGGCUUGCUGCUGCUGCCCUUCAACGGCGCCUUCAGAUCGAAGAGGGGCGACAUGACGGUGGCGCACAAGCCCCUGGCUACAGAAUGA